AUGGCUCUCGGGAAGGUAUGUUCGGACUCAGACGCGCCCUGUCCGAUCUUCUUGGACCUGGACGGCGUGUCGGACCGGACGCUGGCGUCGAUACGGACGAAGCUGGAGGACUCGAACAGCGCUAAGAAAAUCGCGGCGCUCGAGCAAACCAUUUUGCAUAUGCUCAAAGGCGAGGAUGUGUCGUCGCUGCUGAUGAGCAUCAUCCGGUUCGUGCUCCCGAGCAACGACCACCGCCUGAAGAAGCUGGUGCACCUGUUCUUCCAGAUCUUCGACUUCUGCACGGCCGACGGCACCGUGCGCGAGGAGAGCAUUCUUGUCUGCAACGCGCUGCGCAACGACCUGUGCUCCCCCAACGAAUACGUGCGCGGUUCUGCGAUGCGCCUGGUCUCGAAGCUGCGCCACUGGAACAUUGUCGGCCCGAUGCUGCCGGCCAUCGUGGACAACCUGAAGCACCCGGAUCCGUACGUCCAUCGCAAUGCGUUGUUGUGUUUGUCGAAAAUCGCGGAGCGCUUCGGCACUGAGUGCGUGCUCUCCUCCACCGAGGACACUGAGCGCCUGCUGCUCGGCAACAGCGGAGCGUCCGUGAAGGCGCAGGCGUUCAACCUGCUGCGUCUCUGCGACCCCUCGCUGGCCGUGCAGUACCUGCUCGGGGUGGAGGGCACCAUGCUCUCCUUCCCCGCUCGCUUCCACCUGGAGGUGCUCUCGUCCUUCUUCUGGCUGUAUUCGUUAGACAGCCGCGUCCAUUCCUUGAUGAUGCGCGUGACGCUGAUGUUGAUGGAGAACAGCCCUGACAACGACGUCCGCAUGGAGGGCGCCCACAUCAUCUGCCGGAUGAAGUCGACGCCCGUGGAGGCCCGCCGCGCCGCGGCGAGCGCUUUGAUCAAGGUGUUGCUGGACGAGUCCGACCUUAAUGUGAAGAUGCUGGUCAUUGAGAAGCUGAACACGCUGCACGCCCGUUCGUCGUCUCUGGGUGACGUGCCUAACGUGCUUGAGGAGCACGUGAUGGACCUUGUGCGUGCUCUGAGCGGUUCCAGCCGUCACAUCACCAUGGGCCUACUAUCUCUGGCGCUGCGUUCGGUCACCCGCCAGAACGCGGACGCGCUUUUGCAGAGCUUCAAGAAGGCGUUCACCACCGCGGAGGACAUCGCGACUUACAGCCAGCGUCAGAUUGCCCAAUACCGCAUCACGCUGAUCAAGGCCAUUCACUACACAUGCGGUCUCUACCCGGAGCGUAGCGGGAUCGUGUAUGACAUGUUGCUGGGCUAUCUCAGCCAUCGCCAUGCGGAGACCGCCGAGGAUUGCGCCAUGUUCUUCAAGCAGCUGACGGAGCUGCUUCCCCAGCUGCGUGAGGAGACCAUCGUGAAGCUGCUCACUUUCAUAGACCUGAUUCCCCACUCCAGCGUCCUGUCGGUUUGCUUCUGGGUCAUCGGGGAGUACGCCGGCUCGGAGCAGCUUGCCUCGCACUGCUGCAACAAGAUCUACGAGCUGCUGUCGCCGUAUCCGUUUGUGGUAGCUACUGGCUCCGACUCCGCCGCGGGGUCGCUUGAUCGCGCGGGCACCAGCGGCAGCAUUGGGCUAGGCGACGGCCAGGACGACAGUGGUGUGGCGACGCACACCGUGGUUCUGCAGGACGGAACUUACGGCGCACAACUGUCCGACAAGAAGGCCAGCACCCCCACUGCCACCACGUUGCGAGACAUGCUUGUGGAUACCUGCGACCCCCUGCUGUACUGCUCGGUGGCGCAGUGCUUGCUGAAGCUCUCUUUCGCCUGCAACGAUACGGACUGCAUCGCGAAGGCAACCCUCGUGGUCGCCAACCUCGUGCGGCUGGUCGGCCGGCCUCAAUACGCGUCGGUCUACUCCCAGCGCCGUCUGCGCACCAUCCUGAAGCUCUGCCUCGGCCUUCUGAAGGAGCGCGAUAAAUAUCGCCCCCUCGUCCAGGAGUACAUAUCGGCUUCGUGCAGGAAGUGGUCGCCGGCUCAGUCGAGCAUGCCCCUGGAGCCGAAGAGCGACGUUGAUGAGCGCAUCAGUUACAGCGUUCUGUUCGGCGAGGUGGGCGAGGACGAAUGGUCCAUCGAGGACGAGUCGGAGGUGGGCGGCGCCAAUCCCGGUGACAACUACGAGAUUGACAAGCUGCUCAGCACCGGCAAUUCCAUCUACAAGGUGCGAACUAAAGACGCCGACAAGCGUAACCUCGGCGCCGUCCACCAGUUCACCUCGUUGAUGGACGCGCUGUACAUCGAGACCACCUUGAACGUGAUCACCACUAGGCUCUACCUCACCCUGUACCUGCGCAACACCACUGAGGUGAUUCUGCAGAACAUCCGCGUGGAGCUGUGCGCGAACGACCGCCUGGAGAUGUCGUCCAGCAUCCCCAUCAUCACCUUGGGCCCCGGCGAGAGCAGGGUUCUCCAGGUCAACUUCAAGCUGAAGCGCAGCCUGAACGACGUGAUCUACGGCCACGUGUACUUCGACAAAGAGAAGUCCGGUAUCCAGGAGUGCCUGCCGUUCAACCCCAUGAGCGUUUGCAUGUACGACUACGUGCAGCCCAGCUUCAUCUCCCCCUCGCUGUUCCGCACCUACUGGACUGAAUUCGAGUGGGAGCACAAGAUCCAGAUCCACCCCUCGAAGGCCGACCCUCUGGACCUGCUGCGCGGUCUGCUGCAGGUGACGCACAUGACCGUGGUGUGUCCGGCGGCCCCGCCGACCCUCAAGAGCGCGCCCGGCCCCGCCGGCCAGGCCGAGUUCCUGUCGAAGUACAUGGAGUACCUCAAGGUGCAGCCGGAACUUGCGGCGCUGCUGGGUGACACGAGCUUCUUCGCGCUGAACUUGUUCUGCAGCACACCCCACGGAGAGGAGGCUCUGGCCAAUUUGAGCGUUGUCAAGCAGAAGCAAGGGCUCUACUCGGGCUGCUUCAAGAUCCGCUCGAGGACCGAGUCUGUGGCGCUCAGUCUGGGCGACCGCGUGUCGAGUCUGCAGCGCACAUUUGUAAUUUAG